AAGAAAUUAAAGUGACAGAUAACCACUGGACGUUAUAAUACUGUUGUUUAUGAUGUUGAUAUUGUGAUUUUCCUUUUAUUCUGAAGAAUGGUCAAAGUAACUGACUUCGUGAAUAUUUGCCGACUAUGUUUAAAAGACCAUGACGACCAUUCAGUAAAUCUAUUUUCAAAACAGAACAUAGAAGAAGCGAAUAGUUUACUUGUAUGCGAAAUGGUUGAAGCAUUUUGUAACAUCAAGGUUACAAAAGACGACCACCUUCCAGAAUGCAUAUGCAACGGUUGCUGGAAUGUCGUUUCAUCAAUGCACACAUUACGAAUGAUCAGCCUGAAAUCCGAUCAAUAUCUUAAUAGCCUUCUGAGUUCGCACAGUUACAGUGAUCCUGCAGUUGUAAAGCAAUCGGAAACCUAUUCUGUCUAUCAAAUAGAAUUCAUCGACACUCAGACUGAACAGAAAGAAUCGCUCGCAGAGUCGGAAAAAAAUGUAGCGGUCGAUGAUGCGACCCCAUCAAAAUGUAUGGCUCAACCGAGAAAAAAUGGAAUAAAGAAAAAGAGGAGCGGUAAAAGGCAAUGCGGCGAAGAUAAAAUAUCUUGUGAGAUGUGCGGAAAGUUGGUGACACCGAGGGAAAUUGAAUAUCAUCUGAAUGCACAUAAAGACAUACGGCCGUACAAAUGUCAAGCAGAAGAUUGUGAGAAAUAUUUCACUGCUCCAGCUCUGGCAAGACAUCAUUUCCGUAAAGUGCAUGUGUACAGCAUUACACGACCGAAAAAAUGUGAUAUCUGCGGAAAGGGAUUCAUUCAACAAUCAUCUUUACUGACACACCGAAGCUAUCAUUUCGAUCCACAAAUUCCGUGCACGAUAUGCGGCCAAUUAUACCGCAAUAAACGAGCACUGCAAAGACAUUUCCUGGUCCAUUCUGGUGAACGUAAAUAUUCGUGCAGUGAAUGCAAGAAGUCGUUUCAGACGAGCUUUACGCUCAAAACUCAUAUGCGAAUUCAUACGUUGGAAAAACCGUUUCAAUGCACUGAAUGUAAAAAAUCGUUUGCCUACAAGUGUCUUCUCAAGGGGCACAUUGAAAAACACCAUCCGAAGGAAAGUGGAUAGCAGUAACACAACACCUGUUAAAAUCGUUACGUUUCGCAAAAUAGAUAAUUUAUUGAUUUUGACCGACUUGACGUUGAGAUAUGCCGUAGUAGACAUGCCUAAAUAAACUGAUAGACCGAAUUACAUCU